AUGCCAGUACCGCGUGGCGGAGCGCGCCGCGGCCGGAGAGAAAAGCAGGAGACGCUUCAAAACAACGACGAUAAAAACGCAAAUAAUAAUAAUAACAAUAAUCAGAAUCGGGAUAAGAGUAAAGUGAAUCAGGCUGUCGAGGAAAACGCGGGAAUAGCGACGCGGACAAGGAGGAGAACGGCAGUGGCUGCAGCUCUUGCAGGGCCUGUUGCUGAAAAGGUAGCUUCUGUGCCCAAAGAAGCUGGGGCAGAGGAGAUUUUCGUUGAGGAAUUAGGAGAGAGAAAGGAGGAUUCUGAGGAGAGAGUAGAAGCUGAGGAGGGUGAGAAAGAAAUGGAUGAUUACGACAGCGGAGGUGGGAAAAGCCCGACAAAGGCCAAUGGUGGCGGUGAUGAUGAAUUGGCAGCACCUCUCCCGGACAAGGUGCAAGUUGGUGGUUCACCAAUGUACAAAAUUGAUAGGAAACUGGGCAAGGGAGGUUUCGGACAAGUGUAUGUUGGUCGCCGUCUCACUGGCAGUAGCAUUAAUGAAAGAACGGGUCCUGGAGCGUUUGAGGUGGCCCUAAAAUUUGAACAUCGUAAUAGCAAGGGUUGUAAUUAUGGUCCACCUUACGAGUGGCAAGUUUAUAACACUCUGGGAGGAAGUCAUGGUGUACCGCGAGUGCACUAUAAAGGCCGACAAGGCGAUUAUUACGUUAUGGUCAUGGAUAUGCUUGGACCAAGCUUGUGGGAUGUUUGGAAUAAUAAUGCCCACUCGAUGUCUGUUGAAAUGGUGGCUUGCAUUGCAAUUGAAGCAAUUUCUAUAUUAGAGAAAAUGCACUCAAGAGGGUAUGUUCAUGGGGACGUGAAGCCUGAGAAUUUCUUGCUCGGCUCGCCAGGGUCCCCUGACGAGAAGAAGUUGUACUUGGUUGAUCUUGGUCUAGCUACGAGAUGGAGAGAUGGCACUACCGGGCUGCAUGUUGACUAUGAUCAACGACCAGAUGUUUUCAGGGGAACUGUUCGUUAUGCCAGUGUGCAUGCUCAUUUGGGCAGAACUGGCAGCAGGAGAGAUGAUUUAGAAUCCCUUGCUUAUACGCUUAUUUUUCUUUUGCGCGGACGUUUGCCUUGGCAGGGAUACCAGGGUGAGAAUAAAGGAUUUCUUGUCUGCAAGAAGAAAAUGGCAACAUCACCCGAGGCACUUUGUUGCUUUUGCCCACAACCUUUCAAGUCUUUUGUUGAACACGUGGUGAAUCUGAAGUUUGACGAGGAGCCUAAUUAUGCUAAGUAUAUCUCCUUCUUUGAUGGGAUAGUUGGACCAAAUCCAAAUAUCAGGCCCAUCAAUACCGAGGGUGCACAGAAGCUUAUCUAUCAGGUUGGUCACAAAAGAGGACGCCUAAUGCUUGAGGAUGAGGACGAUGAACAACCUAAGAAGAAGGUCAGGAUGGGAAUGCCUGCAACCCAAUGGAUUAGCAUUUAUAAUGCUCGAAAACCAAUGAAACAAAGAUAUCACUAUAAUGUGAUGGAUGCGAGACUUUCCCAGCACAUCGAUAAAGGAACUGAAGAUGGUUUGUUCAUUAGUUGUGUAGCGUCUUGUCAAAAUCUUUGGGCACUGAUAAUGGAUGCCGGCACUGGCUUCACUAGUCAAGUGUAUGAGCUGUCGCCUUUCUUUCUUCACAAGGAAUGGAUAAUGGAACAGUGGGAGAAGAAUUAUUACAUCAGUGCUGUUGGGGGAGCUGCAAAUGGUAGUUCAUUAGUUGUAAUGUCGAAAGGCACACAGUACACUCAACAGUCUUACAAAGUGAGCGAUUCAUUCCCAUUCAAGUGGAUAAACAAAAAAUGGAGAGAAGGUUUUUACGUGACCUCUAUGGCCACUUCAGGGUCGAGAUGGGCUGUUGUCAUGUCCCGUACCACCGCAUUUUCUGACCAGGUAGUAGAACUCGAUUUUCUUUACCCAAGUGAGGGUAUCCAUAGACGGUGGGACCACGGGUACCGUAUAACUGCCACUGCAGCAACUUACGAUCAGGCUGCUUUGGUUUUGAGUGUGCCGAGAAGAAAACCAGUUGACGAGGCACAAGAGACAUUACGUACUUCUGCCUUUCCCAGUACACAUGUCAAGGAGAAGUGGGCGAAGAAUCUAUACUUAGCAUCCGUUUGCUAUGGCCGGACAGUUUCUUAG